AUGGAGGUGGAGGUGGUGAUUCCGUCGGUGUCGACGGACUUCAACUUCGACAGUGCAUGUACAUCACCAUACAUAAGUGCCCCGUCGAGCCCUCAACGUUUUGGCACCUUCUUCUACAGCGCCCCCACUAGCCCUGACCGUGCAGCAGCUUUCUACAACGAGUUCAACCGUUCCUCCCCGUCGGCAGUUCCGUUUAACUGGGAAGAAAAGCCCGGAAUUUCCAAAACACAAGGAACCAAUAGUAGUUAUUGUACAAGUGAAGGUUAUGAUGAUCAGAGAGGUGCAGACUUUUCUUUUGAUUUUAGUGGACAACUUGAGAGAGUUUCUUUAUCUGCUGAUGAACUUUUCGAUGGAGGCAAGAUCAAGCCGUUAAAGCCUCCCCCGCGCUUACAAUCUAAGCCCCUGGAUUCUCCAAAAUCGCAUCGAUCUCCCAAGAAAAUGAUCAAAGAAGCAUUCUCCCCGCGCCACAGGAAGAAUGAGUUCGACCCAUUUGCAGCAGCAAUUGAACAGACUCGUAAAAAAAGCAUUCAAGAAAUCUCACGAGGAAGAGAAAGAAGUACUUCUUCAAGUUCUAGACACAAACAAACGAGAUCUUUAUCCCCUUUCAGGGUUUCAGAUUUGUUAUUCGAUCCCGACACCAAUCAAGAAACCACAAAGAAUUCUUCUAAGGCAUCAUUAUUUUUAACUUCAUCUUUCUCUUCAUUAUGGUACAAAAACUGGAAGAUUAAGGACUUAUUACUGUUCAGAAGUGCAUCAGAAAGUCGAGCAACGGAUAAAAACCAGUUCAACAAACACGCAUUGUUUAAGAAAAACAAUCUGGACGACAUAAAGAAUUCGAGCUUCAGGUCUACAGACAGUGUAGGAUCGGUGUCAAGUAGAAGACGAGGGCCACCAAUUUCAUCUCAUGAAUUGCAUUACACCGUGAAAAGGGCAGUUUCAGAGGAGAUGAAGAAGAGGACCUUCUUGCCAUACAGGCAAGGAUUAUUAGGCUGCUUAGGCUUCAAUCCUAUGAAUCUCUCUAAAGGGCUUGGUCCUACUGGUUCAUUAUCUCGUGGGUGA